AUGUCUGGUCUCUCAAUCGGACCUGGCUUGGAGGGGACCAACGCAGACAAUGAGGAGGCGGCUUCCAAUGCCAGUGAUGCGAGUACUGGGCAGGCCGAUGGCCACAAGGACUUUGCUUUCCAAUAUUAUCCCAUAGAUGACGCAGAGAGCUUGGAGAAGUAUCGCGUCGGCGGCUAUCACCUCAUAGCCAUCGGAGACACACUUAAAGAUGGCCGGUAUCAAAUUGUGGACAAGCUUAGACACGGCGGGUACUCAACCAUCUGGAUAGGACGGGAUAGAGAUGCCGCUGCUCAGCUUCUUCAUUCCGACGACGACAGAGCCUCAAUGAUCCUCCCGAUCCUCGACGAGUUCGUGCUCGACGGACCCAACGGCCAACACUCGUGCAUCGUCACCCCACCCGCUCGUAUGAGCAUCGCGGCCUCGAAGUCCGGAGAACACAACCACAACAUCUUCCCGAUCCCCACCGCCCGCGCAGUAGCCGCCCAGCUGGCACAGGCCGUGGCCUUCUGCCACGCGCAGGGCGUGGUGCACGGCGACCUCCACACGGGCAACGUCCUGCUCCGCUUUGCCCCCGCGGACGACAUACACGCCCUCUCCCAAUCAGCCUUCUACGAGCGCUUUGGGGCUCGGUGCCAGGAACCAGUUAAACCUAUCGACGGCGAAGGUGUCGGUGGCAGCGGGUCGCUCUUCGGGCCGGGCUUCUUCCCGAGCGACGACAAUCUGCGCAAGGGCUGGGUGCAUGCCAUCGGCAGGCUGCCUGAUGAGUGGUGGGAGUUUCUCUUUACUGAGGAUGGACUUGUCAGGGACGAUCGGCGGGAUCACUUUAUAAGUUGUAAUUCUGGGCUAGAGGGACGGUUUGAGCUGUUGGUACAGGGACCGGGGCGGGAGGAAGACAUGCAAGAGUUCCUGGAUGAUGAGAAAUCGGCGCUGUUGAAGAUGCUGCGAGCAAUGCUGGCGUACAAGCCUGCGGAUCGAAUCAAUGCUCAAGACGUUCUCUGCACGGAGUGGAUGCUGAGAUGGGGACUGCCCGCGGUGGCUAAGUUGAAGAAGCUGGGGUAA